CCAAUGUCCUUCAAGUUUGCAUACUUUUGCGAUUAUCUUGAGCGCUGCGAAGAAAUAUCAUGUCACGACCCUCCGUUGCCCCCAGCAGAACUGAAGUCGAGGCUCUACCGUCAACAUGCCUCUUGGUUUGCAUCGCACCAAAAGCCNAUCGAUGCUCUGGAUGAACUUGGUACCACCGCAUUGCUAUCAACAUUUCUACCAUGCAAAAGAAAGGAUCGCGUCUAUGGAUUACAGCCUGCGUCCCUGUUAAAACUACUUGGUCGAUGUCUCGGGUUGAGCGCCUCUGCUAGACAAGAGCUUGCGUCAUUUCAGAAACCCAACAAUGGUGAUCUUGGAGAUCGCUUGCAGCGCCUUCUAAACGUUCGUGGUCCGCCGGCUCUUCCGUAUGUCGGUCUGCAAGAGGCAGAUGAUGUGUUGCACGCCCUUGCUGCAGGGAACAGAUUUUCUGCUCCAUCGGUCCGCCAGUUUCGUCCUUCAGCAAGCAUCGAUCUCUCCCUCGCCGAUAUCUUUAUGCGCCUUCACCCUGUCGAAGCCAAAUGGUUUGUACGACUCAUCUUGAAAGACUUCGCUCCAGUGUCUUUAAACGAAAGGUCAAUCAUGGCGUCUAUUCACUUCCUACUUCCGGACUUGCUUGGUAUGCAAGACAGCUUUGAGGAUGCAUGCGCCGCCUUGAAGACAACCUUUGCUGAUUAUCCGAGUCGCCCUGAUCCUCAGUCCAGAAACAUUCUGCGGCAAACUGUCCUUUCAUCGUUUAGACCAACCCCUGGUGUCAAGGUUAGUCGUCCCGAGUACACCAAAGCCAGGUCUAUAAAACAUUGUUUGCAGAUGACUGCUGGGGGAAAGUGGCUGUUGGAAAGGAAAUAUGAUGGAGAAUACUGCCAGAUAUAUUCCAAGAGCGGCAGAGACUCCACCGAAGAUCGAGCAGGUCUGCGGGAUACUAUCAGGAGAUGCCUACGCUUAGGAAGUGACAAAUGCAGAUUCAAACGCGCAUGUAUUCUGGUAGGAGAGAUGGUGGUAUUUUCUGACGCCGAAAACAGCAUUCUUGGAUUCGACGAGAUUCGCAAACACGUUNNUUCCCGCGUUGGCUCGUUUAUCGGUGCUGAAAACGAGCCGCCAGGCCAACCGAGCGAACACUUGAUGAUCGUAUUGUUUGAUCUUCUCUUACUUGAUGACGAAAAUAUCUUGUCGAAAUCUGUCGAGGAACGCAAAGCCCGACUGGGCAGCGUCUACAAGAAAAUCCACGGCCGAGCAGCCCCAGCUGAAUCUUGUGUGAUGGACUUUUCACGGGUCAAUGCUGAACGCAGGCUUAUGAACCAUUUUGCGGCAUCGAUUGCAUGUCGUCAUGAGGGUCUGGUCCUCAAACCAUGUGGUGUGCCCUAUCUCUCUCACGAUUCACUAAUUGGCAUCAAGCUCAAAAAGGACUACAUAGCCGGACUUGGUGACGAAGCUGAUUUUGCUAUCGUGGCCGCAUCUUACGGUGCUCAAGAAGCGAAAAAGCGAUCGGAUUUACGCUUGAGGUACACACACUUUCACUUGGGAUGCCUGUUGAACAGAAGUGCACUCCAUCAAUAUGGUACUAAGCCUAGAUUCAGAAUUGUGGCGACGAUUGCAUAUAAUCGUUGCAUAUCAACAGAAAUCUUGACGAGGGUCAACGUCGAGGGUGCCUUGCUCGCAGAACCAUACAUCGAGAGCACCUCGACACUCUUGAUCGAACCCGACAGCAUGUUACAAAUUCGGGACUAUUUUCGAGAGCCUUUGGUCUUCGAGGUGUUGGGUAGCUCGUACAGCAAGCUUCCUGGCGGCUAUUUCAUGCUGCGACACCCUCGAGUGAGAAAGCUACAUCGAGACCGGACAUGGAGAGAUUGCAUCACAUUCGAUGAACUACAAGUGGCAGCAGUCCAAGCCUUGGAUACCCCUCAGGACUCUGAAACACAAGAGAACAUCAAUUGGAUGACCAAGUUGGAGACAAGUCACAAGCGGAGGUACGCAAGACAUAGCCUCAACACAACGCCACGAUCAAGCGUUGCCGAUACGACCCCUCGGUCAGCCCGGAGUGGCUCGACUUAUACCCUCUCACAUACGAAGACUGGUUCAAAAAUCAAGCCCCCGGCUGUUCUAGAGGACAAACUGCGCAUGAGGACGAUUGUACAGGCUCAAACCACCUAUAUCAAACAAGAUUCCCAGUUGCCCACUCCACCGGAAUCGUCUCCACUGAAUGGAUCGAGAAAGCUGGAGCCACCCACGGUGUUGGGCAAGCGCAAGUUGUGUGAAAGCAGAGACAGCGGAAUCAAACAGAUGUGCACUCAUAUCGCAUCCCCAUGCCGAAAACAGAAGAGGCAAUUCUUCGAACAGGGCCUGGAAUCAUCGCUACGGACGCCACUUUCAGACGUCACUCAGCAAACGGUUCAGAAAUCGGUCGGAUCGAGCAGUGGUAAAGCACAUGGACCAAGCUGGACUGAGGGGCGUUGCAGUUUGGGACAGGCUACAUCACUUACUCAAGGAGACAAAUGUACAUUCAGCCGGUCAGUUGUCUUCAUAGCAGACUUGCCAAAGGCAGAAAAAGAAAAGAUUGGACAAAAGGUACUCGAGCAUGGCGCGGUGGUCAUCCAAGACUUGACGCAUUGGGAUCGAGACACUCGGGCGCCCGAACAAGACCCGGGGACGGUGUAUGAAAGUCAGGCCUACAAGGGGAUGCGAAAAAUGGUACUGGUGGACCCUCGAGAGACACAACAGUAUCGUGCUUGUUAUGCAAAGGUUGAGAGGUUGGGUUUGGACAGAGUCGAGAUCUUCGACUACCGUAUUGUCAAGGCCAUGUGCAGCAAUGUACGGACAAGCUAG